AUGCAGAAGUUCUUCGCUAUCGCUCUCCUCCUCGUCGCCUCCUUCUCUUCCGUCAUCGCUGCCCCUGUACCGAUCGCAGCUCCUCAGACCGACGUUGAAGAUGCUGUCAAGACAUUGCCAGACGGAACUAUCGUCCCAUUCGACGCCUAA